AUGCAGCGACCAGCGCCGGCGGCCCGCGAGGCGGCCAAGCUCGAGAAGCGUCUGUACCACCGCGAGAAGCAGCGCAUGUACCGCCAGCAAGAGGCCGACGAGGUCCAGUUUUUGAAAACGCGGAAAUCGCUCGACCCGUCACGGCCGUCGUGGCGCAACUCGACACUCUUGAAGGAGCCCGAAGCGCGCAAGCUCGGGUUUGAGUGGAUCUCGCAGCAGCUCUACCACAACGUAGACCGUGUUUUGGCCGACUGCGGCUUUCCACCGCCCGCCGAGCAAACCUCGUUUGACGAGUUUGUCGUGCGCGAAACCGCAGACGAUACGUUCCAGUACAUGUGGCGGCACCAACUGGUCGUACCCGUGUCGCUGGACGUUGCGAUUGCGAGCGCCCGCAAGUCGAUUUACUAUUACCUCUCGGGCGUCGUCUGGUCGCCGGGCAGCGGCAUGUUUAUCGACUCGGACAUGCUCCAAGAAGUGAGUCCGACGAUGCUGUACAGCCACACGGUGGUGAGCGCCGAUGAAUCGGUGAAUUUGAUGUGGCGCGAGUUUCCCGUCCGUGACAACCGCUGCGUCAUGGUGAGCCAAAACAUCCACGACGACGAGACGCUUCCCGCGAUCAAGCGCCAGUGCAAUCGCCAGUUCUGGGUCACGAUGGAGGUGGUGGACGAGACGCACACCAAAGUCCGCGUUCUGUACGUCAAUUCGCAGUUUUUCAAUAAAGACGGGUACGUGUCGAUCCACGAAGAGGCGGCGUGCUGGGGCCUCGUGGACCUUCCGACCGACGCGACCGACGAUCAGCUCUCGCAUCGCUUCAAGCGCCACGCGACCGUGGCCGGGCAGCAAUUUCUCCAGUUUAGUCUGCAGACCUUUAGCGGCAAACUCUUGCAGUCGGUCAUUGCGACGAAGAGCGUCAAGGUACCGUCGCUCCGCAUCGCUGCGCUUGAGACGCACGUGAGAGAUCUUCAGUUGGCUCGGCCACCCGACACCACCGCGGUCUUGACGCUCGUGCAUCGCAUCAACCAGCUCUUUCUGCAGUGCCCAACCAUCGCCGACCAUCGCGCUUUUGCAAAGGUACUGGUUAAAGCCGACCCGACAAUCGUGUCGCGGCUGUUCGAGCUUCUCACGCAGGGGGAUGUCGCUGCCAUGGUGGUGGGGCUGCAAACACUCUACCACCUCAGCUGCGAGGCAUCGAGUGCGCUCGACGUUGUAACUCGUGGCGGUGUCGAGCUGUGCUUUGGCCUCUUGCCCAUGGCGACGUCCAUGCUUUGCGCAAUCCUGCUCGACGUACUCGACCAGCUCGUCGCCAUUGCACCGGCAGCAACAGCGCGCGUCGCAACACUGCGUCACACGCGCCUGCUGCUGGCCAAAGUGCACGACGAGCGCACGACCCGCGUCUCCGAGGCCGUCGUCGCGUCGUGGAUGCCAGCCGCCCUCCGCCUCUUGAAUGGUGCGCUGCAGGUCCCCGCGGUCGCUGCCAAAGCCGCCAGUCUCAAUACGGCGCACGUGUAUUCCCUCCACGCGCAAAGGUCUCUGCCACGACCGCUGGCACUGCGCGUGGAGCGUCUCCUGUGCGCCAGUGAAGACAAGGUGUGCACCUGA